CAGUCUUUCCCUCGCGUGACUCAGAGACCGAGCGGGAAAAUGAAGAAGUUUCGGAAGGUGCUGGACGGCCUGACCACAUCCUCCCCGGGAGGGACUAUAGGGACCCCAUCGUGCGGCAGCGCGGCCGGGACCCCCACCGCGGCGCCAACCCCCAAAGAAAUCGACGUCCAGGAGACGCUAAUAUCAGAAAACUUUCAGCUGUGCAAGACAGUACGUCACGGCUUCCCUUACCAGCCCACAGCUUUGGCCUUCGACCCGGUGCAGAAGAUCUUGGCCAUCGGUUCCAGAUCAGGCGGCGUACGAAUACUGGGCCGACCUGGCGUGGACUGUUACUGUCAGCACGAGAGCGGAGCAGCCGUCCUUCAGCUUCAGUUCCUCAUCAAUGAGGGAGCUCUGGUUACAGCCUGCGCAGAUGAUACGCUACACUUAUGGAAUCUGCGUCAGAGGCGGCCGGCUGUUCUGCAUUCACUCAAAUUCAACAGAGAGAGGAUCACAUUUUGCCACCUGCCGUUUCAGAGUAAGUGGCUCUACGUGGGGACGGAGCGUGGAAACACACACAUCGUCAACAUCGAGUCCUUUAUUCUGUCCGGAUAUGUCAUCAUGUGGAACAAGGCUAUUGAACUAUCAACUAAAACACACCCAGGACCCGUAGUUCACCUGAGCGACAGCCCGAAGGAUGAAGGCAAGCUGCUCGUAGGCUUUGAAAGUGGGACCAUCGUCCAGUGGGACCUCCGGGCCAAGAAGGCAGACUUCCGGAUCUACUACGAUGAGGCCAUCCAUUCCGUCAGCUGGCACCAUGAGGGGAAGACGUUCAUGUGCAGUCACUCGGACGGCAGCUUGACGCUGUGGAACCUCAGAAACACCUCCAAACCAUUCCAGGUCACCUUCCCUCACGGAAAGAUACAAAAAGAUGGAAGAAAGGAGUCGUGUAAACCCAUUCUUAAAGUGGAGUACAAGACCUCCAGGAGCAGCGAACCAUUUGUCAUCUUCUCUGGGGGGCUCUCCUAUGACAAAGCCGGGCGGCGGCCCACAUUAACCAUCAUGCACGGCAAAGCCAUCACUGUCCUGGAGAUGGACCAUCCCAUCGUGGAGUUCAUGGUUCUCUGUGAAACUCCAUACAACAAUGAGGUCCAGGAUCCGUAUGCCGUGGUGGUCCUGCUGGAGAAGGACCUGAUUGUAGUGGAUCUGACACAGAGCAACUUCCCUGUGUUUGAAAACCCUUAUCCCAUGGACGUUCACGAGUCUCCGGUCACCUGCACAGCCUAUUUUGCCGAUUGCCCCCCAGACAUUAUACCCAUUCUGUACUCUAUAGGAGCCAAACACAAAAAAACAGGCUACAGCCAAAAGGAGUGGCCGGUCAGUGGAGGAUCAUGGACAUUAGGAUCCCACACCUAUCCGGAGAUCAUCAUUACCGGACAUGCUGAUGGAUCGGUGAAGUUCUGGGACGCAUCUGCAUUCACGCUGCAGAUGUUGUACAAGCUGAAGACCUCCAAAGUGUUUGAGAAGCCGAAGGCCGGCGAGGGCCGGGCUGCCGAGCUGGUGGAGGAGGACCCCUUCGCCGUUCAGAUGGUCAGCUGGUGCCCUCAAAGCCGCAUCUUCUGUGUGGUCGGCAUCUCGGCCCACAUCAUUCUGUACCGCUUCAGCAAAUACGACGCCAACACUCAGAUCGUGUCACUAGAGGUGCGCUUGCAGUGUGAUUCAGAGGACAUCAUCACUCCAUCAGAAAAUGAAAACAAUCCCUGCUUCGCGGAGCCGGGCUCCCACUCACCCCAGCCCCACCAUCAACACCCGCUUAGUCCUGGCAGCAGGACCCCCGAGGGUGCCAAAGACAGCAUCCCCUGCCUCAAGGUGAAGGACCGAGUUGUCCGAGUCCCUCCUGGCUACCAGUCUGAGCUGGUCAUCCAGCUGCUGUGGGUGGAUGGAGAACCUCCUCAACAGAUCACGAGCUUGGACAUCAACUCUGCAUACGGCCUCUUGGCGUUUGGGAACCUCAAUGGUCUGGCCGUGGUGGACUACUUGCAGAAGACAGUGCUGUUGUGUAUCUCCACACUGGAUCUAUACGGGGCCACCGAUCCCUACCAGCGCCUUACCCGUUCCCCGCGCAGGAACAGGCAGUCCACCUCAGAGUUUUGCAUGCGCGGCCUGUCUAACUUUUAUUCAGAUUCAAAGAAAAGGAUCCGUACAUCCUAUCAGAGCCUUACUGAACUCACUGACAACCAGCAGUCUACCGACAUGGACAGAAGCAAGUCGCCCACUUCAGUUCAUUAUCCAACCUCCCUCCACAAUGACCCCCGCGUGCUGCCAGAGCCCGUGGCCAGUCUGAGGGCCAGCCACUGCAGUCCAGUCUUUUACUUACUGGACAAUGUAAAGGGACCCGGCAGAAAAUUAAGUCUGCCCACAGAUCUUAAGACUGAUCUUGAUCAUGUCAAUGGACAUUGCACUAGCCCCACCUCCCAGCCCUGCUCGGCGGGAAAGCCUCGCAUUCCGAUGGGUCCUGAGGGGCCAAGGCUUACCCGCAGAGGCCCCGGCCGGCCGCCCUUCCGCAAGGCCCAGUCUGCUGCUUGCAUGGAGAUCUCUUUGCCUGUGUCCCACACUGAAGGGCACGCGUCCAGGAGGGCAAUGCUUCAGCAGUUACACGGCGUCACUAUGUACUCGCACGACGAGCACCACACCACCACCACCCCCUACUGCUGGACUGAGAGAGAGAGUCGCGAAAACUCCUUCAGCCGCUCUCGCAGCUCCAGCGUGUCGAGCAUCGACCGGGACACCAAAGAGGCCGUCACCACGCUGCAGUUCGGAGAGUCCUACGGACGCAAGAACGACGUGCUGCCCGGUCCGUGUCUGUGGGUGGGCACCAGCCUGGGCGUGGUCCUGCUCAUCCCGAUGUCCAUUCCCAUCGACCACGAAGAGAGGAUGGAGGACUCGGUCACCGUGGGCCCCAGUGGAGCUGUCCAAAUGCUGAAGGGUUCUGUGCUGCGCUUCGCGUUCCUGGACUGCUCUGGAGCUCUCAUUCAGGGCCCCUACGAGGUUUGGCGGGACCAGAACGCCCCCGAGGACUCGGAUCGACCACGGAGGCGCAAACUGGUCCACUUCUCCCCCUCGUCCUCCCAAGACGCCUGCGGAGAGGGACACUUGACCGUGGUGUGCUCGGAGAGGCAGGCCAAAGUUUUCCUGAUGCCGUCGCAGUCUUGCCUCUUCGUGCACAACAUCACGGAGUCGUCGUUUGUCCUGCGGGCCGACGUGGUGUCCGUGUGCAACAGCGUGUGCCUGGCCUGUUUCUGUGCCAACGGGCACGUCAUGAUGCUGAGUUUGCCCAGUUUACGACCUCUGAUGGACGUCAAUUACCUGCCUCUGACUGACAUGCGCAUUGCAAGAACCUUUUAUUUUACCAAUGGGGGGCAGGCCCUGUACCUCAGCUCCCCCACGGAGAUCCAGAGAAUUACCUACACCCAGGAGAUGUGUGACAACCUGCAGGAAAUGCUGGGAGAGCUAUUCACUCCAAUAGAAACACCAGAGGCCCAAAACCGAGGAUUCUUAAAGGGUUUCUUUGGAGGAAACACCCAAACCUUUGACAGAGAAGAGUUGUUCGGCGAGGCAGCUGCUGGGAAAGCUUCCCGGAGUCUGGCGCAGCACAUUCCCGGUCAGGGGGGGGUGGAGGGGAUGAAAGUGGCAGCAGGCGGAGCGGUGGGUGAGCUGGCCCGGGCCCGCAUCGCCUUGGAUGAGAGGGGUCAGCGGCUGGGGGAGCUGGAGGAGCGCACCGCCCUGAUGAUGACCAGCGCGGAAACCUUCUCCAAACACGCCCACGAGCUGAUGCUGAAAUGCAAGGACAAGAAAUGGUACCAGUUCUGAGAGCCGGACGGAGGGACGAGGCUGCCUCGGGUCUGCUUGGAGUUCGAUGCUGCAACAGAACUUUCAUUUUAGAAAUAUGAAAGCAGUUGGAUGAAAGACUGUCUGCUGGGGCUUCAGCGAUGUUGCUAAAUGGCGAGGAAGGGCCGCUCCCUUAGAGAGAGAGAGAGAGAGAGCGACGAUGGCGGCGGCGUGGGGAGGUCUGAGGACUCACCUGGAAUUAUUCAACCUGUCUGUGUGCGCGUGUGAGUGGUUGGGUUUUCUGGACCUUACAGUGUAGAUGCUCAAAAGUUAAGAAACCAACAAGAAAUGCAUGAACCAACAAUGGAUGAGUAUUAAAAAUAUACAACUGCCAUAUUAAAAAGCAGCAUGCUAUUUUAAGUGAUCAAUAUUAAAAAUGUUUUAUUUAUAAUGUAAGCCAAUGACAGAAACUAUGAAAAACUUUAUAUUUUUUGAAAUACUGGCAAAAAUUCUAUAUAUAAAAAGGGAAAUGUAUACCUGCAUUGCUAUUAAGCCAAAACUUGUGUUACUUUCCCUUUGGUUUUCAUUCUUUGGUGGAUUUGAUUUUUUUCCUACUCAGAAAAUAUUAGUUGACACGAUAUAAACGAGCAUACGUAACUAUUUACACACACCUAUACAAAUGUAGUCCAACUUUGUUCAACUGCUUCACAGUACAAAUAUGACUCGGUAGUAUUACCACCUUAACCCUGCAUACUCCAAUCACUCUGAGCUACGUUUUUCUUUCUCAGCUGCUGCUAAUUAACAAAAGGAGGAUGAGGGACACUCCAAAAUAAGGAAACAGAGAUGGGUGUGAGAAAAACUUUACUGUAUUUCUAUCUUUGUAAAAUUCACCUUUCAUCAAAAAAAUAAAAGAAAGAAAGUUCACAUCAGAGAUAUGGAGACAUAACUGAACUGAUGUGUUGAUGAGAUCCAGUGAGUUCAGGCGAACCAACCGUGUUUCUUUAAGUGAUGUAGAGUCGGAGGAAAAUCUGGCAGUCAUCUCCAACCGGAGCAAAAACCGUGCUUUUCUUUUCUAUCGUUCUUUCUAUGAUAUUCUUGUGUCGCAGUCCUAUAUUUGAUGGUUCUGGCCUCGUUAACUAAAGGCUUAUGUAGUUUAUGAACAACUAAUGUUUCAUGAUACAUGGUUGUAUAUCAAAUCGUGAUAGUGUUGUACGUCACUGGGACAGACAAACCACAUCAAGUGAGGAGGAUAUUUUGUACUCGUGUACUCGUCUGUAUCUUGAACUGAUCUAAAAAAAGAAUCUAUUGUUCCCAUCUCAUACAGGAGACGUAAGAAUCAUCACAGAUCUGACUAAAUCCAUUCAAAUGAGAAUCCAAUCAGUCAUUUCUGCUCCUUAGACUUAAUGGCCUUCAAACUCACGCUCCGAGCGUCCGGAGUCGCACAUGAAUUCUGACCCAACACGUGUCUUAAACAUGGCAGAAUCACAAGCGUACAUUUCUCUCCUAUCUCUGUACCGUCAAUGAGAUUUGUGUUCAGUGGAGUUCUUUCAGUGGCAACGAAAACACACAAAAAAAGAAAACAAAAAAGAAAACAGAAAAAAAGUUCUGAUUCUGCUGACAGGGUGUUUUGUUAGUACGUUUUCGGUUUAUAUGUUUUUCUUUUUUUAUAUUAACUGUACAGUUGAACUUUGGGUGAAAGGUGAAAAAAAAAGAAUAUUUUCUGUAUAUGUGGUACCUGUUCUGGCUUUGUCUCAAACACUGGAACUAUGUAGUUCUUCACACUGUAGUCGGCUGAAAAAGCAUCCGUUUGGUUUUCUUAAUGAUGGCAGCCAAGUUUGUCUUAUUUUCUUGGAUUCUACCACUUUUUGUUCUUAUCAAUAUAUACUAGUGUAAUAGAAAUUACUUGAGAAAAAAGGUCUGAAAAUAUGUUGAUGCAAAAACAAACUGAAAUAAACAUUGAUUGAUGUACACAGCUGA